ACCGUGCGCAUGGCCCAGUGGUCGUGAACGUGUCGCGGCUCCUCAGUGAUUUUCCUCAAAAUAAACCGCAGGUCCAGUGAGUGAGAACUGCGUCAUUACAAAACAGUGAUCACACCAGCUUCUACUGAAGUGGUUAUUUCAUAAUUGGAAGAUGCAGCCUUCAAAAUAAGUCUAUGUCUUACGUGAUUUCCCCCUGAGUACGUGAACGUAUCCCAGCGCACAGCUAACACAAUUAACCUGAUCUGGAGCCAAGGAUGAGCUCAGACACUCAGGGCAUCAAAGAAAUGGUUGCGUUUGUGCAUGAUGCAGCAGCUGGGGAAUACAUCCAGCUGUAAACAGAGAGCAGAGUGCUCCCUCUCUCCUCCCUCUCUCUCUGUCUAUCCAUCUUUCUAUCUGUCCUCCUGACUGCAGUCUGCAUACAGUACUGCUGCUGCUGCUGCUGCUGCUUUGUGAUACAAGCGAGUAGGAGGAACAGCUUCCUCUGUUUUGCCUCCAAAGAAAAAAGGAAAAGAAAAUGACGAGACAUCUUGCUGGAGCUGCUGCUGCUGCAGGGGAGGAUUUGGCUUCCCGUCUCCUGCAUUGCACAAUCUCUCCCAUCUGUUCAGACAGAUAAAUAAGAGAAGAGAAAGGAGCGCUGGAAGACGAGUAAAGAAGGGUAGAGAAGAGGAGGGAAGAGAGCUAUAGUAGGGUGAGGGGGUGUGUAAGAUAGAACAGAAGAAGAGGGGGAGAGGUUGAGUGGCAUAGUGGGUAUGAGGAGAGGAAGGGAGGCACUGGUACACAUAGGGUACAUAAGAUAGAUAGAGUGAGUCACACCGCAGUAGAAUGAGGGUAAGAGUGACGGAGAGAGCCAAGGAGCAUUUGAGCUGCCACCCUUUCGCAUACCACCCAGGAUCCGUUGCUUUCUGAAGAGGCAAGAAGAGGAAUCCACCGUGGAGGCGAGAAGGAGACGGAGGAGGGGGGCAGAGGAAGAGGAAGCCAGAGGUUCUACACACAAGAUGGCUGCUGUGUCCUCUGCCUCUGACACUGGUGACCCCAGGGGCCGCCACCCCCCUGAGCGCAGACUGCUGAUCCUGGGGGGCCCACAGUCCGGUAAGACCUCAACUGCCAACACCAUCCUGGGGGAUGAGGUCUUCGACGCUGGGACAGAGACAACUCACAGCAAUGUGGGCCACACAGAGAUCUAUGGCAGACGCGUCACCGUGGUUGAUACUCCACCAUGGGCCGUCCCAGCUGACCCAGAGGAUGACACUGAAGCUGACAACAACAACGACAAUGCCGGUGCCGAGUCGGACAGUACACCGAGGCCACCGCCAAGCCUUGACAGCGAAGGGCCAUGCAUGGGGGCCAUUCUUUGCCCUCCUGGCCCCCACGUGAUACUGCUGGUGGUGUCAGUCACCCAGCCCUUCACUGACACCCAGAGGAGGGCCGCAGACGAGCAACUUGGGGCCCUGGGGGGAGGGACCUGGAGGUACUCCAUGGUAAUCUUCACCGGGGUGGACAAACUGCCAAAAGGUGUCUUCAUUGAGGAGCACAUAUCCAACACCGGAGAGGCCCUGCAGUGGCUGGUGGAGAGAUGUGGAAGCAGGUACCACGCCUUUGACAACACUCAGAAAGAGACGGAGGAGAACACACAGGUACCCGAGCUGAUGGAGAAGGUGGAGGAGAUGAUCACUGACAACCAAGGCUGGUACUUUGAGGUGAACGAGCUGAUUUUACUGGAGGAGGAGCAGGCCAGGAGAGCGCUGGAGGAGGAGAGGAUGAGGAUGGAGGAGCACGCCAGACAGAGGGAGCAGAUGAUCGGAGGACCUCCCAGAGAAUUGAGGUUGCUGUUGUUGGGCUGGAAGGGCGUUGGAAAGAGCUCGGUGGGGAAUGCCAUCCUGGGCCGUCGCUACUUUGAGUCGGGCCAGGAGACGGAGCUGUGCCUCAGAAGGCAGGCGCUUGUGUCGGGCCGCCGGAUCACCAUCGUCGACACCCCAGGGUGGGACUGGUUCUCUGUGAGGCGCACGCCAAAGCGUAUUCGCCAGGAGUCCCAGCGUGGAGCUGCCCUGCUGCGGCCUGGACCCCACACUCUGCUGCUGGUCCUCCCUGUAGUCUCGUCCCUCACGGCCAGGAAGAGACGAACGCUCCUGGCCCACAUAGAGACUCUGUUCGGUGACAGCGCGUGUCUCCACACCAUGGUGCUCUUCAGCUGUGGUGACUGGCUGGGCCGCACGCCCAUCGAAGAGCACAUUCUCAGAGGCGGGCGGGAGCUGCAGAGACUACUUGAAUACUGUGGGAACUAUUACCAUGUCCUGGACAGUAAGACCCCUGGGAAAGACAGGAGUGUGUCCGUCCUGCUGGAUAAGAUAGAGGAGAUGAUCAGGGAGAAUGGAGAUAAGGCCUUCCUCCCCAUACAGACUGAGUGGUUGAGCGAGGAGAGCUCCUACUCCUCGGAUAACACCGAGCCUGAGGACGACUGUCGAGGAUGCCAGCUGCAGUGAUGCAACCGCACUAAAAGGAAAGUGUCUUUGUCUCCGUGGUCCGAGUCUCUGGUGUAGGCCCAAACAUCACCUCAUGUUAGUCAAACCUCAUCUAGAGAUGGAGAUCUAUAGAUCUCCAACUCUGUGGAGUCUUAUGGAAAACAGGCGAGAUGAAAAGACGAGAAACUCACGGAUCACUGGACAGACUGUUCAACACGGUCCCUUCAGAACCAGGAGGAGGAGAGAUAUUCUACUUUUUGCUUUAAGGGUCCGGAACAAACAUUGACCCCUGCUCAUGAGCAUGUUCAUAGGAAUCAACUGCUGCUAAAGAGAUCCUGGUUCAACAAUGCAGAGUAAAGAAUUACUCAUCAUUGCAACUCUACGUUCAGACUGCACUGGUAAUAUAACGAGCUGGAAUUACAUAAUCAAAACCAAAAUGAAUCUUGUAAAUCGAUUUGGAGCUUUGCAGCGAGACAGUCACUCGGUUAUUGGAAAAUGUGUCUAUGGAUGUUUUAUCAGUUUUGGAUGGAUUUUACAGUGAAGUCAUCCCAUGUUUGAUAUGACAAACAAAUACAAUGGAAUAUGUGUGCAUCAGUGUAAAACUAAAACGUCAGGAGAGUCUUGACUUGUUUGUGCACUUCAGUGACACAAAUGUGAAGCGUGAUAAUUUCCCAAUCUCUCAUUGGAGCAGUAUUAAGGUUUUCCUCGUUAACAUUUGAUUUGUUCUACUCAGGGAGUCAGGGUUGACUUGACUCCUCUGGGGUUAAAUCUGGCUAAUUUACAGAAACUCAGAUAAAUGCUGAUUCAUGUAUUAAUUUAAAUUGGAAAGCACUUUGGUUGAAAUUGGUCACUUUGGUUCUCUCGUGCCAAAAACUUAACUGAAAUCAUCUCAGCUAGUCAGUAUAUAUUUUUUAUCUCACCUUUGCUGUAGCAUUAAUGCUCAAUAAGAGCUUAAGCAAAGUUGCAAUGAAACUAUGUGCAGCCUCAGAUCCCCAUAGAGCUGCUCGGGCUGGCUCUGCUUCACUGUUUGUGGUCGUGCAUCUGGUGCAUUUAUCGACAAGGUAAGAUUCAGCUUCGUGCCUCAGCAUCAAAACGUGAGAGUGGGAGUGCAGCCCUGCGGCAGGGCACUAUCCUAAAGGCUACAUCAAGCUUUCGCAUGCUGCAGAAAACAACAUAACCUCAUGAACCAUUCGAGCUCACAGGGCUUUUGCUACCUUUUUCUACAUCCUCGAGACAUCCUGUCAUCUGAAGUGACAUUUUGCAAAAAAAAAAAAAAAA